AUGAAAAAUAAAAAAGCGCAAGAUUAUAUUAAUAAAAAAUACCCAAUAAAUGGAAAAUGUAAUAGAAAAUCCGAUCAAGAAAACAAGGGCAAAAGACGUGAAGAAAUAACAAAAUUAGAUCUAACUAAAGGUCAAAUCAGUGAAACCAUAUUUGGUAAAAGCACCCUAUCCGAACCCAUAAACCUAUUUGAAGAAUUAGAAUGUUAUGAUAAUGAACUUAAUAGUUUAAAUAUAAAUGGUUGCUCUAAUCUCAAAAGAAUUGACUGUUCUAAUAAUCCCAGUUUAAACGAAAUAAAUAUAAAUAAUUGUCCAAACUUUGAUAUAAACCAAUCAAAGACUGAUCUUAUAUGUGAUAAUAAGGCUGGUAAAUUAGUGAGACCAAAACAAAACAGUUCUCAAAAAGUUAAACAAGAAAGAGAUGCCAAUGUUAAACAAGAAAGAGAUGCCAAUGUUAAACAAGAAAGAAAUACCAACGAUAAACAAGAAAGAAAUGCCAACGAUAAACAAGAAAUUGAUCAAGAAAUAUCUAUAAAAAAGAGCAAGUAA